AUGGAAAAACUGAAGAAUUCGUCGUUGGACCCGAUUAAAGCAGUACCAGGCCUUUGCAUCUCAGAUCGAGUCGCAGCGUCCUCACCACCAGAACUGCGGUCUCAAAACAUAAGGAGGAUAUUGUCAGUACUACAGCCACAUGACAUACUCAAGCCCACCACAUUGGCUUACGACGACAACGACGUUGAAUGCAGCGGAGGCCCUGCUCAGAUCCAGUUCAAAAGUAUCCUGAUUGACGACGACCCCACGAUUGACAUCCUCCAGCAUCUUGGUACAGCUUGUGACUGGAUCCAGGAUGGGUUGCAACCAAUGUCCAAGGAUGGUGCAGAACCUCCCCGGGGUGUGUUGGUCCAUUGUAGGCAAGGCAAUUCUCGAUCAGGAGCAUUUGUCGUGGCGUAUACCCUGUCACUGGUCAUCUGCCCUAAUGAUUGUUUUGAAAAGCAGCUUCGCGUGUGGGAGCAUUGCAGAUACGAUAUCUAUUUGGAGGUUGAAGAAGAUGCUGGCUCAGAGGGCAGGAGGGAGAGAAAGGAAAAGCCGGCUCACAAAGCCUGGAAAGCUCGGCGAGAUGACCUCCUAACAAGGGGCGAAGGAGACGUCAACAGGGCGCGGGACUCAUCUUUGGCGAAUGCUGCAGCUGCUUUGGGUAGAUGCCGGCUCGAGGACCUCGAGAUCCAAGCAGCCGAAUAGGUGAAGAGGGCGCGAGGGGACCAGAAGAAGUUGC